AUGUACACUGACGGGGCGUCUAGUAAGAGGGGAUGCGGGGGCGGGGCAGUACUUAUAUCCCCAGAAGGCUUUAAGGCUUACCAGGCCUUUAGAUUUAACUUUCAGGUAUCCAACAACGAAGCAGAAUACGAAGCCUUGAUAGGAGGGCUGAAAUUGGCCAGAGCACUCCAAGUGAGUAGCCUGACGAUCCGAUCUGACUCUAGGCUCGUGGUGGGCCACGUCAACAACCAAUUCGAAACUCGAGAGAACCAGAUGAGACAGUAUAAGGAAGUGGUACAAAGGUUAUUGGCCGAUUUCGAGCGAUGGGAGUUGGUUCAGAUCCCCAGAGCAGAUAACGGAGAAGCCGACCUCCUAUCUCGAGUCAUGCAAGGCUUGGAUGACCAUUUGGGAUAUGUCUCCCUAAUAAUCACCACUGUUGACAUAAGCACGCCCAGCAUCGAGAGGGAAGAAAUAUGGGUCAUCCACCCCACCCCGGACGAAUGGAUGAAAGAAAUGAUUCUUUAUAAAAAGCACGGGACUACCCCAAACGACCCGACGAGGGCGCGUAAAGUGAUGACAAUGGCCCCGUCGUACCAAAUAAUAGAUGGCAACCUGUUUAAACUAUCCUUCGGGGGGCCGCUACUCCGCUGCCUAACUAAGGCCGAGGCAGACAAGUUACUCACCGAGAUGCACGAAGGGGUCUACGCGGCCCACCAGGGUGCCCAGACCUUGGCCCGAAAAAUCAUCCUCCAGGGGUAUUAUUGGCCUCGCCUAAGGGCUGAUUGCCUAGAGGGCGUGGGCGGCCUGAAGUUCAUAGUAGUGGCAGUGGACUACUUCACCAAGUGGGUGGAGGCUGAACCCCUCGCCUCGAUCACGGAAUAUCAAUGCCGAAAGUUCGUGUGGAAGCACAUAUUCACAAGGUUUGGGGUACCUCUACAAAUCGUAUUGGACAACGGGAAACAAUUCGACAACAAAAACUUCGCUCGCUUCUGCGCAUACUAUGGGGUGGAACACGUCAAGGCAGCAGUAGCAUACCCCCAAGCUAAUGGGCAAGUAGAAAAUGUGAACCGUACCCUCCUAGACGGCAUAAAAAAGAGAGUAGAAACCGUAGGAUCCGCAUGGUACGAGGAGUUGCCCACUAUACUAUGGGCAUACAGAACCACCCCUAGAAAGGCCACUGGUGAAACCCCCUUCUCCUUGACAUAUGGGUGCGAGGCUCGAAACCCUUUAGAAUCCGCCAUACCCACCGAAAGAAGCGAGCUUUACCAGCCUGGGUAG